GCUUGUUUAUUGGGCAAAAUUUAAUGAUUCCCUGUAAUCAUAAUCAUACAACACUUGCGUGAGUUGCCAAACACCGACCCGACCAUACCCAAAUUCCGUUUCGGCCACAAUAACCUAAUCUGCCUCCAACCGACUCGUAUAUAUCCAGAAACCAUCCGAUCCGCAGCAGCAGUAGCAGUUCAUCCGAAUCAGGGGCCGCGGGCAGAAAACGGAAACCUCUUCUUCGCUCCGAAAUCGAGUGAAUCGGGGAGCGUGUCGUCCAUAUCGUCGAGUCAAUAUAUGCUAGUCGUGGUGCAGCAAUAGCACCAGCAGGGCAGUAGCCGCAGUGUCAAUUAGUAGUUUCGCAUAACACCACCUCACGCGUACGCUCUGCACCACCACCACCCCCCGAACACCCGACCGACCGCCCGCCCACCCGUGAAUCGUCGUGAUAUCCGUGUUAUACAACAAAAUUGUUCCGUGCUCAACAUACGCCGGCUAAAAGUCGCCCCGUAAAUCAUUGCCCAUCUUCGCCUGGCGGAGCAACCCGAUCCCAGCGGAGAAAGCGGUUCUACAACUGAAACCUGACUUGGUAGAACUGGUCCGGACUAUCAGGUCAUCGUAAGAGGAGCAGCCACUGCAAGGGCACAACCGCAAUAUUCGCACACCAUCGGUAGUAUAGCUGCAUCACCGCCACAGCCGGAUCGGAUCCACCAUGAACAUAGACGACUACGAAUCGCUGCCCACCACCAGUGUGGGUGUCAAUAUGACGGCGGGCGCUAUUGCGGGCGUACUGGAGCAUGUGGUCAUGUAUCCGCUGGACUCCGUCAAGACGCGAAUGCAGAGCCUUUCGCCGCCCACACAAAACAUGAACAUACUUUCAACCUUUCGGAACAUGAUCACCCGUGAGGGCAUACUAAGGCCCAUUCGGGGAGCCAGCGCUGUAGUAUUGGGUGCUGGUCCAGCGCAUUCGCUGUACUUUGCUGCCUACGAAAUGACCAAGGAGCUCACGGCCAAGUUCACAUCAGUGAGAAACCUCAACUAUGUGAUUUCGGGAGUGGUGGCCACCCUCAUACAUGACGCCAUUUCUAGUCCCACGGAUGUGAUCAAGCAGCGAAUGCAGAUGUACAACUCACCCUACACAUCGGUGAUAUCCUGCGUGCGGGAUAUCUACAAGAAGGAGGGCUUCAAAGCCUUCUACAGAGCCUACGGCACGCAACUGGUCAUGAAUUUACCAUAUCAGACAAUACAUUUUACCACUUAUGAGUUUUUCCAGAACACAUUGAACAUCGAUCGCAAAUACAAUCCCCCAGUGCAUAUGGCAGCGGGUGCUGCGGCUGGCGCCUGUGCGGCGGCUAUCACCACGCCCCUGGAUGUGAUCAAGACGCUACUGAAUACACAGGAGACUGGACUGACGCGCGGCAUGAUCGAGGCCAGCCGAAAGAUUUACCACAUGGCUGGUCCAUUGGGCUUCUUUAGAGGCAUGACCGCCCGCGUGCUCUACUCCAUGCCCGCCACGGCCAUCUGCUGGUCAACUUACGAGUUCUUUAAGUUCUACCUGUGCGGCCUGGACGCCGACCAGUACAAAUCGUCAAUUACGGGCCGCUCGGAGCCCCGCAAAGCGGAGUACGUGCUGCCCACGACUGCGGCCGAGGAGCAGGGCGAUCAGGAUCGGGAGUCGGUGAAGGAGAAGGACACCGCAGCGACCCUACACCCCGCCCCGCCCUCGGUGAGUGCCUCCGGUGCCAUCAAGACGGUGUGCGAGCUGUCGACGCGACCCGCCGGGCCAACAAUCAACCUGCACACGCGGCACACGGACGUGAAGAGUCCCUACGAGAGGGGCUUCUCCAGCACGUAGGCGGCGCCAGUGGGCGUGGCCGCGAGCGGGGCCUGCGUUCGAAACGUUUGCAGCAGCAGCGACAGCUAAACCUAAGCGUAGCUAUUAGUUGGCGGUGGGGAUCGGGGAAGCUGGGGUGCGAUUGUGGGGGCCUUUUUGAGCAGGCAGGUGGACGACACGGUGUUCGAAACGCCUGCCGUUCCGCCGACCACCGCCUGGCCACCACCCCACUUUCAGCCCACGCCCACCCGAACCCAGCUGCUUGUAUGAAUACUCUGCGAGGAGUCGGUGAGAGAGUUUUAUCACUCCAUAGUCGGAGGUUAAAUCGUAGUUGUUGUUCUGCACAAAACUCUCGCUCUCACACACAACACGCAAAACUCCACACACAACAAACACACACCUUACACCUCACACCACCCCACACACACCCCCACACACAAAGACAGUUUUAGGCAAAGUGCGAAAUUCUUGUUAAAAGUAUAUGCUAAUGAUAAUACUGUAUCUAUGUUAUUUCGAAAUGAGAAAACCUUCUGUAAAAUACUAUUACCUAUGUAUUACAACCUUUGAUUUACUACAUUUAUAUAUAUUUUUUUAAACAAGUUUCAAAGUAUAUAUAUAUGCAUAUAUUUAUGUUGAUCGUUGUAAAGUAAUCAAGAGCAAAAAUGUAAAGCACACACGCGCGAAGAGAAGAAAAUUCAAUAAUUUGUAAUACAAUUACACCUUAAAUCUUCAAACUGAGAUGUUACAAAAAAUAUAUAACGAACCGCAGCUACAGCUCCCAGAGAACUACGUCUCCCCCAGAUGGCCGAAUCUAGACCCCAUACCGAUACUAACUAGCCAGCCCCAAUCGUAGAGUAGUAGCCUAGCUAUGUCGGUUAUCCCCAUUCCUGUCACUCGACUGCGAUUGCUAAUAGCUGUACGUUUUUUCAAUCCAGGGUUUUAAUCGAUCAUCACACAUUAUCUUUCGUCUCAGUGCUAGAGUUUUCAUCCCUUGAGUAGCAAUCGCAGUCUGGUUUCGGGGUUAGGGACAACCGGAAUCCCCCAGAUUAUACAAUAACGCAUCAUAUUAUUACGUUCACUGUUAUUUUUGUUUAUAUAUAUGCAUAAUAUAUAUAUAUGGAUAUGCUACACCGGCGAUUAUUAAACUGUAAGGUGUAGCUCUAAAAUUAAAAUUUUAUUGUUAAAGAAUUCAAACGAAAACAAAGCGGAAGCGCAAAACCAUUGGCAAGCGAAAAGGCCCAUUAAACACGGAUGAAAGAAGA